UCAAGAAACAAAGAUCAGAUUUAAAAGGAGUGAUUUCAUUUUCCUCUGUAUGGAAAAAACGUCUUGGAUCUUAUGGCUCAGUUCAACACAAAAGACGACUCUUUACAGGAUACCUCCUUCCAACAAGAACCUGGUCCAAAGGUCAGUGAUGUAGCCUCUAUUCAGGGUAGGAUUGCUGCUUUGGAGGAGAGUUUGUCAAGGGCUGCAAUCAGAGGCACUGACUAUCCAAAGCCUGACCUUCAGAAAAAAUGGAAAGGAAAAGUACUGUCAUCACCUCCUGAAAAGCAGAGAUACACAGACCUUUCUGGAUCCUCUGUACCCGCUCAUCUUACAAAUGUAGAGAUUAAAUCUGAAGUGCAUGACAGUAAUCACAUUUCCAGAAAGAUGAGUGUCUCUCAUUCUUUAGCCAAGCCAGUGUGUCCUCACAUCAGCAGACUGCCUCUCAUAACAGCUUCUAAAACCGUCCCUGUCCUGAAACCAGAAAACCAGAAGCCAUAUGUGUCAUCUUUUCUAAAUGUAAGCCAGAGCAGUAACAUGUCUUUGGCAGAGGAAAGCAGCGUUACAAAACAGGAAAGCUACAAUGAGAGUGUGGUGAGGCUAAAGACUGUCAGUACUAAACCCUCCAAACUACUUGAAACACCAAAACCUUCCUGUAUCACAAAACCCGAAACCCCAAUUCAAAGUCAGAAGAUAACUGUCCCUCAUAUUCCAACGAAGAAGCUCCUUCCACGUGUGAAUAUUCUGGGAAACCCUCCACUGAAGCCGACCAGACCUGCAACUGUUAACAUUCAGCAAUUCAGAACAUCUUUGAAAGAUGAGCCAGGAGAAAAGAUGCAACAUCAUAGUGCUCCUCCACCUCUAGUGUUCCCACCAUCACCCCAAGCACUGACAAGCCAACAGUUGGAUAAGGAGGAGACCUGUGAUGAUGUUGACAUGAAGUUGCCUCCACUUCCGCAAAAAGGCUACAUGCUGAAGGAGGCAGAGAGUUUUCAAAAAUAUGAGGAAAGUAACAGUGGAAAAGAUUACAUUCUCCAUGGUGAAUUCAUGUCAGAGCUCCGAGGAAUUUUCAACAGAGAGAGGAAGAAAAUAAAGGCUAAGAAUGAGCAAAAAACACAUCUGAAGCAGGAAAAGAAACGACAGAAAUCCAAGGAGAAGAGGGGAAGUAAAACAAAGACCAAGAUUAGAGGAUCUGUUUAUGUUCCCAAAAAAGGGAGGAAACUCCCUUAUUUCAAUGGCGGAAAUCGUGACUCAAAGUCCAAAAAGAAGGAGACAGCUCAUGUAAAGCACAACGACUUAGAGAUGCCACAGCCUCUGUCUGACCACGAAGACUCAGACGAUUAUGAAUACAUUGAUGCACCAGCUAAACUUAGCAGUGGGCUCAACAUGCAAAACUCAUGGGAAGAUUAUGAUGAUGUGGAUAUCCCAGACACAAGUACAAGUCGACAGUUGGCUGUAGAUGCUGACACCAUGAACUUGCCUCCACUUCCCCAUAAAGGACACCUUUUAAAGGAGGCAGAGGUGCACAGCUCAAAAAAAUAUCAGAAAAGUAUCAGUGGAAAAGAGUACAUUCACCAUGGAGAAUUCAUGGCAGUGCUCCAAGGGCUCAUCGCUAAAGUGGAAAUUGAAGGGCAGCACAAAAAAGUUAAGAAAGAGAGAAAGGGACAACUGCAGGAAAAGAAACAACAGAAACCUAAACAGAAGAAGGAUCACAAAGGAAAGAAGCUGAAGAUUAAAGGGUUUGAUCAUGUCACCAAAAAGUGGAAGAAAGAAAGACAUUUUGACCCAAAUCUCGGUCAAAGGAAGAUAAAAAUCACAGACACCAGUGGGUCUGCUCAGAUAAGCCACAGUUACUUAAAGGUGAUGCCAGAUCCUCAAUCCAACUAUGAAGACACAGGGGAUUAUGAAAACAUUGACGCACCAGCUAACUUUUACAGUGACAUUGACAUGGAAACUUCAUUGGAAGAUUAUGAUGAUGUGGAUAUCCCAGACACAAGUGGGCUCAGUGUGCAAACCUCUUGGGAAGGUGAUGUUUAUGAUGACGUGGAUAUUCCAGACCCACAGAGUCAACAAUUGGAUGAGAGCUAUGACGAUGUUGGUAUCAUGACAACUCCUCAACUUCCUUUUAAAGCUGUAGAAGAUGAUGAUUAUGAUGAUGUGGGUAUCCCAGACACAAGAGUUUCUCCUUUACCACAGCUUACAGCAGAUGGUGGUGACAUCUAUGAUGAUGUUGAUUCUCAGAGUUCUUCACUGCCUUGUGCUGGGUUGGAUAUAUAUGAAGAGGUCCAAGUUGAGGAAAGUGAUGAUUACGAUGAUGUGGAUAUCCCAAACACAAGUGUUUCUCCUCUACCACAGCUCACCACUGAUGGAGGUGACAUCUAUAAAAACAUUGACCUCCAGAGUCCUUCACUGCUUUGAGCUGGGCUGGAUAUAUAUGAAGAGGUCCUAGAUUCUCAAAAUGACUAAUAGACUGCAAAGAUCCUGGAUCAUUUUAUAGAAUUUGACUAUUCAUUCAUCAUUGCCGAUAUGUUUCUUUUACUGUUUAAAUUAGUGUUUAUUUCUCAUAAUUAAUAAAUAUUUGUCAAUAGCUUAUGUAAUACAUUGCAUGAUAUUUUGUGAAUAACCUGUUGCCACUGACACCGGUGCAGAAGACACCUUUUUGUGAUGACCUUCAGGUUUGUGCAACAUUUACAUGUGCCAUAUUAAACAGACUAAUCAUUGCUUUACCUGUUUCAUUGUGCAGUCUUAAUGGAAAAUACAUUUUGUAUUCUGUGAACACAACAGGUUAUUGAAGGAACAUUAUCAUUGUUUCAAAACUGACUAAAAAGCUUUGAAAGGCGUUUGAAAGCUAGAAAUGUAAUUAAAUCAGGUUUCACAAGACUGAAUGUUUUAAGUGCUUACAUUAUCUAAGGGUCAGAUCAAGCAUUGCUUUGUAGUUUUCUUUCUAGAAUAGUGUUGUUUUUUUUCAAUGUUACAGCACAUUUGCAGAAUUUCAAAACUCAUGUCAUUGUGGUUAUUAGAUCAGUAAAUAAAGACCCAUGUUACAUUUUGCUUCUAUUUAAACAGUAUACCGUUGAAUAAACUAUCCAGUGUUG